AUGUCGGCGUCGCUCGUCGCCCACCGGUUCCGGACGCACAAGCGGCUCGGCGCCGGGUCCUUCGGGGAGAUCUUCGUCGGCAGCGACGUGAACACGGGCAUGCGCGUCGCGAUGAAGUUCGAGAAGCACGGUUUGCGGUGCCCGCAGCUGCGCCACGAGUACAAGGUCUACCGGGAGCUCCAGGGCUGCCGGGGCGUGUGCAAGGUCCAGUACUACGGCACGCACAACAAUUUUAACGUCAUGAUCCUCGACCUGCUCGGCCCGUCGCUCGAGGAGCUCUUCACGAAGUGCGGCCGCCGGUUCUCGCUCAAGACGACGCUCAAGCUCGCGGACCAGAUGCUCGAGCGCUGCGAGGCGCUCCACGGGCGCCACCUCAUCCACCGCGACAUCAAGCCGGCGAACUUCACCAUGGGCGACGCGACGACGUCGCCCAUGGUCUACUGCAUCGACUUUGGGCUCUCGAAGCGGUUCCGGAACCCGCACACGCUCCAGCACAUCCCCCACCGCGUCGGCAAGUCGCUCACGGGCACGCCGCGCUACGCGUCCAUCUCGAACCACCUCGGCAUCGAGCAGAGCCGCCGCGACGACCUCGAGGCCAUCGGCUACGUGCUCGUCUAUUUCGCCAAGGGCCGGCUGCCGUGGCAGGGCCUCAAGGCCAAGAGCGCGCACAAGAAGUACAAGCUCAUCCUCGACAAGAAGCAGGAGAUCUCCAUCGCCCAGCUCUGCCACGGCUGCCCGGCCCAGUUCGCCGAGUACCUGUCCUACUGCCGGUCGCUGAAAUUCGACGCGUCGCCGAACGUCGCGUACCUCCGGCAGGGCAGGAAAUGA